AUGACAAACACCAAACCAUACGGAUUUGCUGUUCUGAUUCUUCUGGUAGAAUCACUAUGUGUUUCCCCCGGUCUCAUCUGUCCAGAAAUCAGUUACCUUGCCGGUCCUGCCCAGCUGAUCUGCACUGGCGGGACACUUGUACACACAUAUUACAACACGGGUGGUAAGGUGGCUACGUGUGGAUUGACCCUUAAUUCAUCGUGUGAUUCCACUGACAUGUCGGCGUAUAGACUCAGCUCAAAUCAGACGGCACUAAACAUAACAAGUGUACGGAUAUCAGAUGCGGGAACAUGGGUCUGCAAGAAUGCACGCAAUUCAAACACCUCAUGCCAUCUGACUAUUGCAAAUAUCCCCACCUACAGCAUAACCAGUGACAGGGCUACAGACGCCGUGGAUGUGUAUGGUAGGGUAUCCCUCACAGUGGACAUCCGGGGCUUCUACUGUUCUGCAGCUCACAACUUGACGCUGCAGGUCGGGAGUGUCACACUGCCACUAAACAUGUACUUACCCGAGACUGUGACCGAACCAACAAACAUAAACUUCACCAUCUCCAUUAAUGUGACAGAAUCACACUUUGGGGAUGCAGAACUGAUCUUUCUAUGUAACGGCCAGCAGUUGAAUGUUAGUCAUCGAAGUGUUACACAACUACAACAAAGUACUUCGACCACGGUUUCAGCUGAGUAG